AUGCCUAUCGAAUUUGUUUGCAAAAUCAAGUUUGCAGAGGAGGAUGAGAAGCAGAAAAACAAGCAGGAUGGGGACAAGGAGAGUCUGAUCGAGGAGAGCUGUGCACCUCCGGCCAAGGACUUGGCUGGGUUUGCAAACUCCUGCUCCCUGCAUGGGAUUAAUCACAUCUUUGUCUCUGGUCGACUCGGCAUCCGGCAGACUCUGUGGGCACUCGCCUUCCUCACUUCUCUGGCGCUCUUUGUGUACCAGGCGGCAAAGUGCGCCAUCUCCUACCUGGAGCACCCGCAUGUCACGGCGUUGAACGAAGAGGCCACCCCGGAGAUGGUUUUCCCCGCCGUCACCAUCUGCAACAUCAACCGCUUUCGCUUCUCCGCGCUGACCGACGCCGACAUCUACCACCUGGCUAACUUGACGGGACUGCCCCCCAAAAACAGGGAUGGGCACAAGCCCACAGAUCUGAUGUACCCUGCCCCUGACAUGCAGGACAUCUUCAACAGGACGGGACAUCAGCUGGACGAGAUGCUCAUGAGCUGCAACUUCAGCGGACAGAACUGCACGGCGGAGGACUUCACUGUGGUUUACACCAGAUAUGGGAAAUGUUACACCUUUAAUGGAAACAAGACCACAUCCAGGAAAACCAAGCAAGGUGGAAUGGGAAAUGGGCUGGAGAUCAUGCUGGAUAUCCAGCAGGACGAAUAUCUGCCAAUAUGGAGGGAAACAAAUGAGACGUCUCUGGAGGCCGGAAUCCGAGUUCAAAUCCACAGUCAGGAUGAGCCUCCCUACAUCCACCAGCUGGGCUUCGGUGUCUCUCCGGGCUUCCAGACCUUUGUUUCAUGUCAGGAGCAAAGGCUGACCUACCUGCCCCAGCCCUGGGGGAACUGCCGCUCCAGCAGCAAGGAGAAGUUCCCCGGAUACGACACGUACAGCAUCAGCGCCUGUCGCUUGCUCUGCGAGACCAAUGAGGUCGUGCGGGUUUGCAACUGCCGGAUGGUGCACAUGCCAGGAACUGCUGAUAUCUGUCCUCCAAAUAAAAUCAACUGUGUUGACAAAGCACUUGCACAGCUCCAGAAGAUCAGCGGAGACACCUGUCCAUGCGAGACGCCCUGUAAUCUCACCCGUUACGGCAAAGAGCUCUCCAUGGUCAAAAUUCCCAGCAAGGGCUCGGCACGCUAUCUCUCCAGGAAAUACGACAAGUCAGAAGACUACAUCAGAGACAAUUUCCUCGUACUGGACAUCUUCUUUGAAGCUCUGAACUUUGAAACAAUAGAGCAAAAGAAAGCCUAUGACGUCGCAGGUUUAUUAGGUGACAUCGGUGGACAAAUGGGUUUAUUCAUUGGAGCCAGCAUCCUGACUAUCUUAGAAAUACUGGAUUAUAUCUAUGAGGUCUUCAAGCAACGACUACAACGUGUUCUGAGGCCGCGAAAAGAGGAAAAGAAGAGCAAGCCGCAACCACAGCCCGCCACCGUUGCGACAGUAGGUCUGGAAGAGAUGAAAACAGAGGAUCCCAACGCCAUGACGCGGAGUCACCCAGAGGGUGCGUACGCCAACACGAUGCUCCCAAAUCACCACCACCACCCUCACCAUCAUCACAGCGGACACCAAGGGGUGUUUGAGGACUUUACAUGCUAA